GUAAGGAAGGGACGUUCUUACAUAUAUCAGCAAGACAUUGUUGAUGUGUUAGAUAAACAACUGCUCGAGGGUAUGGGUGUGCUUCUUACAGAGGAAGAGCAACAGAAAUGUGAACAGAGUGUAUCAUACGAAAAGAAGAGACUUCUGGCUGUUCAUGAGGCUGGUCAUAUAGUGUUGGCUCAUUUGUUUCCUCGAUUUGAUUGGCAUGCAUUUUCGCAGCUCCUUCCUGGUGGCAAGGAAUCUGCUGUAUCGGUUUUCUAUCCACGUGAAGACAUGGUAGACCAAGGUUAUACCACGUUUGGUUAUAUGAAAAUGCAAAUGGUGGUAGCUCAUGGUGGACGUUGUGCUGAACGUGUGGUUUUUGGCGAUGAUGUCACUGAUGGGGGAAAAGAUGACCUGGAGAAGAUAACAAAGAUUGCCAGGGAGAUGGUGAUUAGCCCCCAAAAUGCGAGAUUAGGUCUCACUCAACUGGUCAAAAAGAUUGGAAUGGUGGAUUUACCAGAUAACCCAGAUGGCGAGCUGAUAAAAUACCGGUGGGAUCAUCCUCAUGUAAUGCCAGCAGAUAUGUCAGUUGAAGUAUCCGAGCUAUUCACGCGGGAGUUCACAAGGUAUAUUGAGGAGACUGAAGAACUUGCCAUGAAUGCUCUGAGAGCAAACAGACACAUUCUGGACUUGAUCACCAGAGAGUUAUUGGAAAAAUCAAGAAUUACUGGAUUGGAAGUUGAAGAGAAGAUCAAGGGUCUGGCUCCUUUAAUGUUUGAGGAUUUUGUGAAGCCAUUCCAGAUAAACGCAGACGAUGUAGUUUAUAUAUCAUCUUCUUGUUGAUACUCAGCUCUAGAUCUCAUUCUAAAGUGUGUCAC